UGAGACUCAACGUCACGUGCCCAGAGAGCUAAAGUUCAACGUUCAGGUGAGGUAAAACAGUCAGACAGCUUCUGUAUCUACAUGACACACACAUCGACAGACAGCUGAUAUGCAGUUUAAGACACACAGGUCUUCGUUAUGAUCUCCGUCAUCAUGAACACAAGUGCUGGAUCGGCAGACGAAAAGAUUUCGGCUUUGUCUGGGAUCUACGUCUCGUGUUUGAGCUUAAGUUUGAUAGGUAGCGGUUCUGUCCUGGUAGUUUCCAUUUUAAAGAGAUCACAUCUCAAUGUACAGGCUAAGCCUCUUCUUCUGCUGGCCCUGGCAGAUUUUCUAGCAUCAGUUGUUUUGAUGGGCACCGUCAUACUAAAUUUCCUAUCCUAUGACACGCUGCCAGUGAAAGACAGUGAAAAACUGUGCAACUAUGGAUUGCCUUUAUCUUUGACUUUUUACUUCAUUUCAUUUCUGCUCGUCAUCAUUUAUGCCUGUGAGUCAGCAUAUGUUUUUCAAGGAUGGCGAGAAAGAACCGAAGUGGAAGGAUUUGAAAACCAGUUACUGCGUCGAAGAAGGAUGUUUUGUCUGUUCUAUAUUAUUGUGUGGCUCAUUCCCAUAGUUGGGUACAUCGUCUAUGUCAACACAGUCACAGUUAUGCAAGCGACUCUUACGCCAACGAAUAAACUCAUUAGCAGCGCGCCAAAAACUGCCAGGUUCUGCAACAGCUGCAUUCUGUUUCUGCACAUUACAAAUGACACCUGCCCCACUGUGGAUUCAGGUCACGCGGAGUUCAUUCGGGUUUUCACACUGACCAGCGUGCUGAUAGUCCUCAUGAGCUGCACUGUGGUAUACUGUCAGUUACAGAGCUGUUAUAUGAAUUAUGAGAACACAAGCGUAUUAAGAAUGUCACAGAAUCAUCCAGGUGGAAUUUGGUCAUCGGCACGAUACAUGAUCCUUGUUAUCAUAUUCUGCUGGGCACCAGCUCUGCUUCUGAUCUGUCUAUCCUUUGCAUCACCCAAUAUAAGACCAAGUCUCUUUCCUCUCUAUGUCUUACAGGCGAUAUCAGUAUCACUGCAGGGGUUUCUGAACAGCAUUGUGUACGCAUGGAGACGACGCAAUUUCAGAGACGCUGUGCUUGGAGAACGUCUGCCGCUCAUGGCUUAUUCAAAUAAAGCUUUCUUUGAACAAUCAUUAAGUGAGCCGAUGGGAAAUUAAAGCAUGAAAUCAUCUUUGUGUGAAUUUAGAUUCGUUUUUAAUGUUUAAAUGUGUUUUAUUUAUUUUUUGUACUGUAUGUUUGUAAACCUGCUGUGUAUCUGUGACACCUGUUAACAAGAAGUGUUAUAAUAUUUGUUUCUGUAAAAUUAUAUUU